UCGUGGCUGCGGCCAGGGCCGGGGGCGGGGGGACUGGCCGUGAGGGUGGGGGAGCCCCGGCCCACGCCGCCCCCUCCCCGCAGGAUGGACCCCGUCGCGGACACGCUGAGGCGGCUGCGGGAGGCCUUCAGCGCGGGGCGGACGCGGCCGGCCGAGUUCCGGGCGGCGCAGCUCAGGGGCCUGGGCCGCUUCCUGCAGGAACACAAGCAGCUUCUGCGGGACGCGCUGGCGCAGGACCUGCACAAGCUCACGCAGAUGGGCUCUGCCUUCAUCCGGAAGGAGCCCUUCGGCCUGGCGCUCAUCAUCGGCCCCUGGAACUAUCCCGUGAACCUGACCCUGGUGCCCCUGGUGGGUGCCCUCGCCGCAGGGAACUGUGUGGUGCUGAAGCCGUCAGAAAUAAGCAAGAGCACAGAGAAGGUCCUGGCUGAGGUCCUGCCCCAGUACCUGGACCAGAGCUGCUUCGCCGUGGUGCUGGGCGGGCCCCAGGAGACGGGGCGGCUGCUGGAGCACAAGUUCGACUACAUCUUCUUCACGGGGAGCCCUCGGGUGGGCAGGAUCGUCAUGUCUGCGGCCGCCAAGCACCUGACGCCCGUCACGCUGGAGCUGGGGGGCAAGAACCCCUGCUACGUGGACGACGACUGUGACCCCCAGACCGUGGCCAACCGCGUGACCUGGUUCCGCUACUUCAACACCGGCCAGACCUGCGUGGCCCCCGACUACGUCCUGUGCAGCCCUGACACGCAGGAGCGGCUGCUGCCCGCCCUGCAGAGCUCCAUCACCCGCUUCUACGGCGAGGACCCCCGGAGCUCCCCGAGCCUGGGCCGCAUCAUCAACCAGAAGCACUUCCAGCGGCUCCGAGGCCUGCUGGGCUGUGGCCGCGUGGCCAUUGGCGGCCAGAGCGACGAGAGCGAGCGCUACAUCGCCCCCACGGUGCUGGUGGACGUGGAGGAGACGGAACCCGUGAUGCAGGAGGAGAUCUUCGGACCCAUCCUGCCCAUCGUGAACGUGAGGAGCCUGGACGAGGCCAUCGACUUCAUCAACCGUCGGGAGAAGCCCCUGGCCCUGUACGCCUUCUCCAACAACAAACAGGUAGUGAACCAGAUACUGGAUCGGACCAGCAGCGGGAGUUUCGGAGGCAAUGAGGGCUUCAUCUACCUGACUCUGACGUCCCUGCCGCUGGGGGGAGUCGGGAACAGCGGGAUGGGACGAUACCAUGGCAAGUUCUCCUUUGACACCUUCUCCCACCACCGCGCCUGUCUGCUCUCCCACCCCGGCCUGGAGAAGCUCAAUGAAAUCCGCUACCCUCCCUACACUAACAGCAAAGAGCAGCUGGUCAGCUGGGCCUUGGGGUCCCAAAGCUGCACCCUUCUGUGA